GUUUCAAAGAGGGCAACGAGCAAGCAGUAACCAUGCACAAGAUCAGAGGCGUUGUCACUGAGCGUAGCCUCCUCAUGCUCCUCCAGUGGCUGUACCUCAAUCGUAUCGAGUUUCCAUCGCAGAUCCAAGGAAGAUGCAUCAAUGCGUACAUCGAAAUGGCUCGACUGGCGGACAUGUGGCGCAUCACAGGCAUGGAACAACUUCUGGCUGAUAAGAUCAAGACCAUCAUUACCAGCUCUAUUCCCCGAGUUAACCUAUCCUGUGCCGGAGGAGAAAACGGAAAGAUUCGUCUCCUGACUUCUAGCCAUAUUAAGUCGGCCUCGAUGUUGUUCAAGGGUCAUCCAGUCCGCUCUCUUAUUGCUGAGGCUUCGGCCGGUCCCUUCAUUCUCAUGGAGAAUUUCAAGUUCGCCAGAGAGCUUCGUGAAAACGCCAAUUAUGCUGGUGACCUGCUUGACGAACUGAAGGAUUUGAUCAAAGGGCAGGUUAAGGAUAAGAGAGUCAUCACUCCCUACACCCUUCAUUAUUGGAAGAAUUCUUGAUUGGGUGAAUGAUACCUCUUAGGAAGCACGAGGGGAUUU